UGAUUAGCUUUUGUACCCCGCUAAUCUUUCCAGACAUGCUGGCAGCACCAUCAAAACAAUGUCCCCGGAGGUUGUGGAAGCUAAGAGACAGCCUGAUCAGUGAUGGAGCCACAUUGUUGGGGGAGACCAGCUGCCCACUAAAAGUCGCCGAAAAUGUCUGGUUCGGAUGCUGUUUCUGCACCUAUGUGACCAAAGAUCAUCGUGCAAUUGUGAGCCACCUGGCUUUCCAUGGUGAUGAACAAGCCAAGUGCCAGUAUCUCCCUAUGUCUGGCUGUAUUUCCGAAGUGUUUGGCAACAUUCAAAAGCACAAAAGUGAAAGGCCAUUUAAGUGCCAGCUUUGCCCCCGAGAGUUUGCUUAUAAUUACCUUCUGACCUGUCAUAACCGAACACACACUGGUGAAAAGCCAUUUAAGUGCAAGCUGUGCCCCAAAGCAUUUGCUCAAGUCUAUUAUCUGCAAAAUCAUAAUCUAACACACACAGGUGAAAAACCCUUUAAGUGCAAGCACUGCCCCAAAGCCUUUGCUCGAAAUUCCUCUCUGAUAAUUCAUAAUCGAACACACACUGGUGAAAAGCCAUUUAAGUGCAAGCAGUGCCCCCAAGCCUUUGCUCAACACUGCGAUCUACAAAGGCAUAAUCAUGUGCACACUGGUGAAAAGCAAUAUAAAUGCAAGCAAUGCCCGCAAGCCUUUGUUCAAAAUUCUGAUCUACAAAGGCAUAAUCGUUUGCACACUGGUGAAAAGCCAUUUAAGUGCAAGCAGUGCCCCAAAGCCUUUGCUCUAAAUUCCUAUCUGAGAAGCCAUAAACUAAUCCACACAGGUGAAAAGCCAUUUAAAUGCAAGCAGUGCCCCAAAGCCUUUGUUCUAAAUUCCCAUUUGAGAAGCCAUAAUCGAAUGCACACAGGUGAAAAGCCAUUUAAGUGCAAGCACUGCACCUUAGCCUUUGCUACAUAUCUCCAUCUGAGAGCACAUAAUCAAACACACACUGGUGAAAAGCCAUUUAAGUGCAAGCAGUGCCCCAAAGCCUUUGCUACAAAUCCCCAUCUGAGUGCACAUAAUCGAACACACACUGGUGAAAAGCCAUUCAAGUGCAAUCAGUGCCCCCAAGCCUUUGCUCAAACUUCCACUCUGAGAAGGCAUUAUCGAACACACACUGGUGAGAAGCCAUUUAAGUGCAAGCAGUGCCUCAAAGCCUUUGCUCGAAAUUCCUAUCUGAAAAGUCAUAGUCAAGUGCACACUGAUGAAAAGCCAUUUAAGUGCAAGCAGUGCCCACAAGCAUUCGCUUAUAAAUGCCGUCUGAGAAAUCAUAAUCGAACACACACUGGUGAAAAGCCAUUUAAGUGCAAGCAGUGCCCCCUAGCCUUUGCUCAAAAUUCCUAUCUGAGAAAGCAUAAUCGAACACACACUAAUGAAAAGCUAUUUAAGUGCAAGCAGUGCCCCAAAGCCUUUGCUCAAAAUUCCAAUCUGAGGAAGCAUAACCGAACACACACUGGUGAAAAGCCAUUUAAGUGCAAGCAGUGCUCCAAAGCCUUUGCUCGAAAUUCCACCCUGCAAAGCCAUAGUCGAACACACACAGGUGAAAAGCCAUUUAAGUGCAAGCAGUGCCCCAGAGCCUUUUCUCUUAGUUGUAAUCUGAUCCGUCAUCAUCAAACACACAGUGUUUAAAAUCCUCACAAGGGCAAAGAAUGGCUGAAAGCUUUGCUCAGAAUAAGAGUUUAUCCACCACGCGUGUGGAAUGCCUUGUGGUUGAUCCGUAAGUUGAGCAUGCCCCGUGUGUAAUCAUUUAACUCAUGCGCAGACGUUUAUACCAUUUCAGUCCAUUAAGUGUAACAUAGGUCCCAAAGGUUUUGCUCGAAUUUUAAGCUCUCCACACUGAAGCCCUAAUGCACAAUAAGCCUGACAAAUUUCAGCAGUGUCCUAGGACAUUUUCUAAAUGGUCUUUCUUGCCUCGUCGGGCACAUGCUAUCACGAGGUUAACAAACCCUAAGGCCAUUUGCAUAAAGCCUGAACCGAGUGGUCCUUUCAAACACCAGCAGUAUCCAAGAAACUUGUAUCGGAAUUUCAGCUUGGUUGGCCGCAUAGACUGUGCACACUGAGCCAGACUAUUUCGCCUUGCCUUGGAGCCUGUUGUCCAAACACCAGCAUUUGUCAUCACUCUAGUGUAUUGAUUAGUAGUAAAUCAUUCUUCUCCAGCUAUGAUCUAGAGGCUGGGUCAGUGAAUAGGAGACAUUGUUUAAUGUUUUUCAGAGCAGUUACUCUGUGUUCUGCACCUGAAUCUACAUUGGAACAUGCUCUAGCUCUUGUUCCAAGCUCCAUUUGAACUUCUUUGAGGUGAGGUCUAAUAUGUUUGUAAAAAUGUCUUUAUAGUUUUCCCUUUAUACUACUCCUAUCUACAAGGAAGAUACAAUGUAACAAAAGUUAAUGUGUGACCAGAAUUUUAUUUUGUUUAUUAAAAAUAAAAAAGGUUGGCAGUUUAAAUUUUUACAUUGUUUCUUUCAGCGGCUGCCGAUUUUUGUACUAAAGUAGUGGCUUGUUGACACCCUUGCGACUGCUUACGACCGGAUAGGCUAAAAAUGGAUUUUUAAGCCUCAAUCGGUCGUAGUGAAGUGCAAGUGUGUGAGCGGGCCUUAAGUAGUGUGAAGUAACUUUUUCCAAGUUUUUUCUUUUGACGUCCCGUACCGCGGUAAGACCUCAUUCUGGCAGUUUCCUCAGUGGGGGACUGAUCACCGAGUAUGUGUGUGUGUGCACCACAACACCUGCUACUGGUUGGGACAUCGCUAGUUAAAUAUCCUUCGCACUGCCGGGCAGAUUUUGCUAUAAAUUAGCAUUGUACCCAUUUUGAAUACAGUGUAAUGCCCCCUUGGUACUGCAUUGACGCAAAUUUUGGAAAAUUUGGAACUAACAUGCUUGUACUGUAAGUGCUUUCACCUUCCUUCUUUGCAGUGGCGUCUUUGCAAUCGUGUAUAUAUGGCAUCUACUUUGAGAUGUAGGUCUCCUUGUAUGUUGGAAAAUUUCUCUUGCUUGUUUUUGUGUAACACAGGUUAAUAGUUUGUUUCUCUGCUUCACUCAUGGCCAACAUUCUUUUAUUUUUUUUAUUAGAAUGAGGAGGGUCGGUGAAGUCUCAAUGAAUACUAACACUGCCAUGAAUUAGCUUUGGUUACUGGGUCCCUUGAAUUGUUGCCCAAUUUGUGUUUAUUUUUUUAUUGUGUAAAUAAUUUGAAAGCAUAUCUGUAUUGCAAUGAUUCUUUUCUUUCACUCUUUUUUGUUCAGCUUGAACGAAAUCUGCGGAUGAUAAAUAUGUAAUCAGACUUUUGUUUCACUGUUUCUGCGAGAUAAAGGUCUUCAGUCAAGCUU